GCUGGAUAAUAAAGAAUACAGCUCUAUGCCACAAAGCUUUUUAAAGUGCUUAUUGAGCAUAAGUAAAGCUAUUAGAACUUGCAUCUGAACUACUGAAACAUCAACUGGUAUUUUUUUUACCGGCCUUCCCUGGUUUUUUUUUUUUACAUCUUCGCUGAUCCCCACAAAUACUUCCGUUGGUUUCAAAUGUAAUGAAUGACCGAGUACCAGCUGCUAUGAAUCAAGAUGGCGGACGUCACUGGAGAUCCAUCUGCUCCCAGCUACGAUUCUGAGUUGCUGUCUGACCAGCAAGAUACAUCUGGCCCAACAUCAAUCGGUGAUCUCGCUAGAAUUGCUGCUAAGAACAGGAAACCCAAACUCCCACACUGGACGUCAUUAAUUGAUUGUCAGGAUGGGACACUCCUGGAGCAGGUUGAGAUAUGUGUGACGGAACAAGAGAAAAGAACCGGGGCUGCCCGCACUACCUCUAUGGGCAUGAAGGAUGUCUACACUGUCUACUUGGUGGAAACGAGGGUGAAGGAAAGUGGUGGCCAAGGCCUGGGUGAGGGGCACACAUCCCUGUGGAGGAGAUAUAGUGAGUUUGAGCUGCUGCGGAACUACCUAGUUGUUACCUACUCCUAUGUUAUUGUCCCGCCGCUGCCAGAGAAGAGGAUGACACUGAUGUGGCAGCAAAUGAGCACAGUGGAUAACUUUGAUGCUGACUUCAUUGAGCGGAGGAGGGUUGGUCUUGAAGGCUUCUUACAGCGGGUAGGGGCCCAUCAGACGCUGUGCGAAGACGGCAUCUUCCAUGGUUUCCUGCAGAAAGAGGACAGUUGGAAGGAGGCUGUACACGCAACGGGAUUCCAAGCAAAGCAAGAUUCCAGACUCAAAAGCUUGAAUGCAUCCUUUCGACUUAAGAAGCCUGACAGAAAAUUUGAAGAUCUGAAGAACUAUGCUAGUGAACUUCAAGGCAACAUAACAGCAGUGCUGAAAGUCCGAGCAAAGCUGGUGGACAGGCUGUACGGCAUACACAAGAUUCAUGGCAACUACGGCCGAGUCUUCAGUGAGUGGAGUGGCAUUGAGCAGGAGAUGGGGGACGGUUUGCAGAGCGCCGGUCACUUCAUGGAUGCAUACAAGGACUACAUUGAUGACUACAUGAACGAAGAAGAACAAAUAGCUGACCAACUCAAGGAAUAUAUCUACUUUGCUGAUGCUCUUAAAUCUGUCUGCAGAAAGCAGGAAGUACUCCAGUACGAAUUGGAGAAAGCAGGCGAUCUGCUUGCGGCUAAAACGUUACAAAAAGAACAGGUCAUGGGUAAUGCACCCAGCAGGUCGUUUUCCUUGCGAGGGAUGAGGUCCAAGAUCUUUGGGCCGGAGAGUCAAGAAUCUAAAGACGCUCAAACCAAAGUACUGGAAGAGCAGAUAGAGGAGUGUGAGCAGCACCUCAAGCAAGCAACGCAAGAAACUGAAGCAUUCAUUGAGAGUGCACUAGUGGAGGUAGAAAGGUUCAAGAAGCAAAGGACUACCGACCUGAAGGAAAUAUUCAUCAACUAUGCCAUUUUGCAAAUCAAAAUAUCAAAAAGAGGGAUUGCUGUCUGGACCAACAUGAAAGACUGUUUUCAAAAGAUGUGAGGCCAAUAAAAAGUACUGCCAGAAAUGCCUGUGAAGUUAUUCCAAUCUGUUUGUAUUUCCUAUCAAUUUAGAAUUGUGGCGGUAGAUUGUGUCCUCUCAAAAGUUUGGGUCCAAUUUUACGGAGAUAAAAAGCUGAACAUAUAGCUCAGAGAAUUCACUUGCUCAACAGAUACAUGUACUUGUUGCGAUAUGUGUCUGUGGUUAUAAAGGGAGAGUUGGGGGAGACCACUGGAACUCUUGAACGCAAUGCCAAGGGUGCCUGAAGCUCACGCGAAGAUGUGAUGUAUUUGUGGAGAUUGAGAAUAAAAUGGGUUGCUUGUACAUGUAAUAUGGGCGCCAACCAGUACGCACACAUGUGGUGGGUCCCUCCAACUGGGGCUCUGUGAUCUCAAAUGCCAUGUGCUGUGCAUGUCUGGAAUCCAUAGAGUUGUGCAUACUGCUUUCUAAUGAUGAGUGUGUGGUGGUUCCAUUGCUGUUACUGCUAGCAGCUCCCAUAGUCGAUGUAAUCGGCUCAAUGGCAUAUCUGUAAAGCGCCAUGGCUGAUUAAAUCAGUGCCAAAAUGCUGUCCAUUGAUGUAAUCAAUAUGGCUGCAACAUCACAAA